CGACGGUCCACCACACACUUGCGCCCAACGUAUAAAGAGCACAACGGCUGACUGAGAUUCGCGAUGCGUUCCUCCCUCCAACGACUCGCCCAGUCUGUGACGACCCGGCCGCUAAACCUCCGCGAGGCGAGCGCGACGCUCCUCCCUCCCAAGCCGCUCCUGAGGCGGCUGCUACGGGCACACAGGCUCCUGCCCUACGAGAUGCGUUCCCUGGGCGAUGACUACGUCAAGUCCGAGUUUCGAAGACACAGGACGUCGGAUAACCCGGUGCACAUCAUCGGCUUCCUCUCGCAGUGGAAGAUGUACCUCGACCAGCUGCCUACUGGUGCGGAGGACGCAGAACACUUUUCGGGAAAGAAGAUGGACCCGACCGUGUUUGAGAAGAUGUCCAACGAACAAGUUGGCCAGCUAUACGAACUCAUGCACGCGACGAAGGAGAUAUGGAAGCCUGUCGAACAGCUCCGGAACGACGCGGCAAAUCAUCCGAAAGACAAAAGUUGAAUGCACCCAUUCGUCAGGUUGUCUUUGUGGUCACAUUGUCCGGAUCUUCUAUCGCUUACCCUUGUAGCGUAUCGCAUUUGCGCAACCUCGGCUCUCUUCUUCGAACCCUCUACGUGCUCGCGUGCUCGCGAUCCACCAGCACCGGACCCUUUGGUGGAAUGGAUACGUCUUCGAGCUCCGACAUCCUCUGGCACCAUUGUUGCAACCAUUGUGGUCUUCUGGGGGUGGAUUAUCUCGAGACUUCCACCACAACAUGUUCGAGGCACACCAUAUGCGCGCGUAUCAUUCAUGCUGUGCACUAUUCAACGUGUUCCACCGUGGCCGCGCGCGUGGAGACUCCACGAAGUCAUCUUGAUUUUGACUACUAAUUUUUUCCAGGUUCGUUCCUACGGGUCUCCAGGGCCUGGCUCCCGGCGCCCUGUCUUCGCGGAGAUCAAUUCAGCGUCAAG